CUGAUGCUAACCCUGCUUGUUCACUACGCGCGCCAAAGUUUAGCGGCACAUGCAAUAAUAUCAUUAUACGCUGUGGUAGAUCGCGGUACUUCAGAAUUUGUUAGCUUAAUAUUUUUGCUUUCAUAAUUCUUAUAAACUCUCAAAGACAGCACAAAAAAUUUCAUCAGUGCCCUACUGUACUGUUGAUCAUACCACACGGUAUUAUUUAAAUAUAUUCGAAGUCCGUCAAGUUUAACCAUAAGACGACCUCUCCGCUUCUACCCAAUAUGGAACAACGACUUGUUGUAGCGCUAAUGCUGCUCUUUAUGGACAUUACGUUCUGUCAACCAGUUCCUGAACCAAUGCCCAGAUCAGCGGUGCCAGUGGAUGACCCUUCUUUGGAGUCACAAAACGAUAUGACGGAAACAGACGAUCCUUGUUCCGAAAGGCAUAACGUCCAACCCGGAGAAACAUGCAACAAUAUAGCUGCUUUGCAUGGUUUGAAAGUCGACCAGUUGGUGCUUUUGAACCCCGGAAUGGCAUGCAGACCGUUCUUCUCCGGCAUGAACCUAUGCGUAGACCAAAGAGCAUUGGACGCAAUUAUGAGCGAUGCAACGAAUUCCCAAGGAUUUCGGAUGUUGAGCAGAGAAGAAAUGGAUUACAACAUAGCCAACGCCGAUUCGGCGGCCGUGCAAGGAGAUAUCAGCGAAACCGCCGGUUAUGGCUACACCUAAUUUACUUACUCGAAAAUCAUGGCCGACUUUCGACAACCGAGUUGUACUGCAAGUAAUAGAUAUUUACAAUUUUUGUGUCAGUUGUGUUGUGCAGAUGAAGCAAUCAAUGGACUGGAAUUAGAAUGUACAGAACGAGAACUUAUAAUUUUAUGUGAUGUGGGAUUUACGGCUCAUUUACUGUACUGUAUGUACUAAUAUAAAUACUAGCCGGCUUUGGGCCAGCUACGGAUCGCUGCUGAAAAAACCACUUCGUUGUAACCGCCUGGUGCUACUCGAAUUCCGUAAAAAAUAACACUUGUGAUAAA